CGUGUAGAAUGCCAAAUUCACUAUAGAGUUACAUAAUCCAGAUACUCUGUAUUCGCCUAAUGCCUUAUAGAUAGUAGCAUCAUUGCUAGCUCUAGUUUUGAUAGAAUUCGGGGUGAAGUAGCAAGGGAAUGGCACAGUACUAUGCUUGCCCAAACAGACGUGACUGCCGAUUUUGUGGACAAUCAACAAAUGCAACAGCAGCUCUUGCUUUGAACUUCCUCUCCACGCUACGCGCCGUCCUUGCCCCCCGCGUCCACACUCAUAUAAAUACUUCUCCACAACCCCAACACCUCCACAACAACCAAUCCGCCACAAUGUCGCAACAGGUAAGUAUCUACUCCCUUAUGACCCCGGAAUGCGACAACUGGGGUCAAGGCACUGUAUAUAGUAUCAAUAUCAAAUGGCCACUAAAGCAGGAGCAGCCAACCAACCCCGACGACAUACGACCAGCAACGGCAGACGCGAUCCGGCCGCAGCCGUUGGCGGCAGGUCUCGACUACUGGAGACGGAGCGAGACCCCCGUGCCUACGGGCAGUUCUUCCCUCACGGGACAGUGGGCCACACCAAUUGCCCACUUGCAAAGGCGGCAAGAGCUCGCCAGCAUUCCCGAGGAGAAAUCCGAGGAAGAGGCCGAGCGGCCUUCCAAGAUGAAAGCACUCUGGGGCCGAGCCAAGAAAAAGAUGUCUUCGUCCAAGAGCGUCCCAGAAGGCGCCACUGUGCUCGAUACCCCGGCUCCACAGCUCUCAGGAUCGGGAUUGCCGACCACAGCCUACAACGACAUGAAUGAGGGCCCUGAACCAACCAUGUUGACUCGCCCAGUUCUGCCCCACCGAGGUGUUAUCACGCGAAACACGAGCAUCCAUUUGGGCCCCGCAAAGUCGCCAGAGAAGUCAUCAGCCAAGUCGUCGGGCAAGUCGCCAGAGAUGUCGCCAGCAAUGCCGUCGCAAGUACCACCCAAAGUCGGCCUGAAACGCUCAAACGAGAUUCGUGGAAAUGACCUGCGUCCCAACCUGGCUGCUAGACCCCCUAGACCCCCAAGGCCCUCUCCCGGCAUCGAGCAUGGCGAACCAUCCAUCGGCAGUGUCCAGAAGUCUGAAGCCCCUACCUCCAUCACCGGUCAAGUUCCUCCACCUUACAGUUCGCGAACGGAAUCCCGCGGUAGCCCAACGUCUUCGUUCGGAUGUGUAGACGGCCUGCCUACCGAGCAGCGCGACUCUCGCCCUCGUAAGCCUCGAGACCCAUUCCGCACUAUCAAGGAAACAUUCAAGAAAUUCAAUGCCUAG